AACCAUCGGACGCAGCACAUUUGGCUAGAGGCUUGAAUUACCAUUCCAUUCGCGGCGCGUGCCAUAAAGCUUCGUCGCAUAGAGUAAGAGAGUAAGAAAAAAACACACACACACAUUUAUUGGAUGGGUGCAUAAACAUUGGAAUUGGGUUAAAAAAUAAAGCACGCAAACCACCUUGACACAUUUUCUGCACUGGAGCAGCAGAUCGGGUGCUCGCUUUCGAAAAUGAAAUAUUGGCUGUGCAAAGGGUAAACACACACACACACACGACGCUGGGAUGGCAUGGAUGCGCCCAUGUGGAGCACACACAGAACGUAGCCGACGGCGGGGGAGGUUGCUCGGCGGUCUGAUCCAACCAUUCCCAUUCCCAUUCCCAGUCGCAGUCCCAAUCCGAUGCCCAUUCCCAUUCCCAUUCCCACUCCCAUUUCGAGAGCAGGCCACUAUCAACGCGCUGUUGCAACCGUAAUAUUAAUGCCUGACGAAACCCGUGCCUCUGUGUGCUUUCCAUGAUAAGAGAACGCGAAUACGCCACGUGAGCUGGGUGCCAUGAUGAGGUGCCCCCGAUUCGAUUCGAUUUCCAGUUCCAGUUCCACUCAAGCACACACCGAAAAUUCGUGCGCAAUGCGCUGAUUAGACGCAUUAUAUCAAUCUAAAUGUGUGUGGAAAUGAUGGAAAAUGUUGGGGCUAUCUCCGCGAAGACGACGAUGUGGCCACCACCCAGUCUUGGAUCUUCAAGCGGCUAUCCUUGCAUGCCAGUCUCUAAGUAUAAGUAGUUAAUACCUAAUAUAAUUUAAAUAUUCAUUGUAAGUACCUAAGUGAUGUUAUAUUUGAAAAGAUAAAUCUAUUGAAGAGUAGGAGCCUUAUAAUAAGCUUUAAAGUGUAUAAUCUAUGUUUUGGUCUGUGCUUAGCUACAUAAUAUGCACUAGUUAUUGCAUAAACUCCUACAUAUAUACAAAAUGGUUACAUAAAAUUAUUUUUGGGCGAAAUUUGGUUAGCACGAACGCUGAUACCCAAAUUAGGGUUUUGGUGACCCCUUUAGUCCGAUCCCUACUUCUUCUGCUAUCUUCGUGCCCCGUUUUUUGCAUUUUUAUUUAUUUUUUUCCAAUCCACACUUAGCCCAGCCAGUCGAAAGGGUUUAAAAAUAAUACCGGCCGCGUUGACAGGCAGCAUCCGCUCGCCGUUGGGUUCAUGUCCUUUCCCUUUGCCAUAGCCAUAGCCAUAGGAUGUUGCCCCGACAGGCCAAUGAUCUUGGCGUCUGUUGAACCGUCUGCCACUCAAGAACAUUGUCGCUGCUGCUGUGGAUGGGUUGAGGUGGAUGUGGAUCGGCGGAUCGGUGGAUCUGAGGAUGUGGAUGUGGAUGUGGACCCAUGUGUCUGGACAAUGGAAAGGUUCGGCGACCGCUGCACGCAGCCAGAGCUCGCCCGUUGCCACUGGCGGGUCAUUAAAAUGUACAGAUCGAGCGAGGAGUCAACGGCCGGCGGAUCUAUUUUAGCGCAUGCCAUUGGCCCUGAACUUGUUUGUCCAGCCUCGCGGGCCCUUUCCACUUCCACUUCCUUUCCCACUUGCUAAUCGCCAUUCCUUUCCAGAAGUUGCAGUGCCGCCAUGACUCAGACCGCUCUCCGUCAGCUGGAAAUCCCCAGGCACAGGCAUUUCUACAGAGGGCUGCCUGUAUUGCCCGUAUGGCCAAAAUGCCUGGCCAAAAAGAACAUCGAUAAUAAAUUGACAU